UGGAGGAGGUGGAGGUGGAUUUGGUUACCUCAAAGGAAACAUUUUUAACGGGAGAAAAGCAUAUCAACCAAUGUUGAAAAAAUUUCCUCAGGUAUAUCUUCCGGACGACAUGUUCGAUCCGUGUUUUGAAAGAGUGAAAGAAGCUUUUGCUAAAGCCUAUCCUGGUUUACCUAAAAAUUUAUAUACUCCAAUCGAUGGCGAAGCUUAUCCGGAACCAAAGUAUGUCAAAGAACUUCCGCCGCAUGGUUUUCCAGCUUACGCAGGACGGUAUCUUCUUUACGUCCCUUACAGACUUCCAACCUCAAGUUUUCCGAUGUAUGUUCCUUUCCAUUAUAGAUCUGCUCAACUUGCCAUUAAAGAGUUUCCGUUAUUGUUACCAUUCUCACAACUAACUGCAAGCCAACCGAAAUAUGGUCGGGAAUACCCAGUUUAUCUUCCAUUUAUGUCGGAGCAAGUGAAAAAAAAUUCAGGUUUGCCUUGUGGGAGUUUUAUUCACAUUCCGUUCCCAGCUGGUAAAAAGGAAUUUUACAGAUAUAAGUACUUCCGUUUAGAUAUCCCUGAUGUGGAAGCAGGUGCCGGCGCCGCUGCAGCAGCAGCAGCAGCGGCGGCGGCGGCGGCGGCAGCAGCACCUGCACCUGAACCUGAACCUAAACCUAAAUUUAAUUUUCCAAAGUUUACACCAGCUCUUCCUUUUAUUCCGAAACCUGCACCAAUCAUCCCUGUGGCAUUUCCAAGUCCAAAAAUACAACCCCUCUUACCGCAACCCAUACCUGCUUUCCCAAUGAAACAGUUUGACAUGGGGCCUGUAUCGGAGUUCGGUUCAUUUUACGAAGGACCACAAAUCAGUCCCGGUGCGUUUCCUCCAGCUCCGGUUCUCCAUUCCGGAAAUUUUGAUGAUUAUGCCUCGUAUGGUUCAUUCUCUUCAGGUUUUAUUUCCGGUGGUGAGGCAUUUUCAGAAGUCAAACCAGGCUUUCCAUUUAGGCCACCAAUGGCAAUUACAGCGCCUUUGACUGUUUCUGGAUCCUCUGGAUUUUCUGGAGGCGGUUAUUAUUAGAGGGUAUUCGAACGAACCUUUCGGUACCUUUCUACAUUUACAUCACUAUCCGAGGGAGCUCGCGUACCCGCCACGCUUGCAAUGAUAGAGGAGAGAUGUUUGGUCCCCGUGUUUCAAUAUUAUCAACUCUUUGUAUUCUUUGUUCCACGUUUAUUUUUUACUCAUUACAUUUAAUAAAUUUAUUUUUAAAAAGAU